GAAAAGGAUGACAAUACGACAAAUAUAAAAACACCACCAUCAAGCGUAUAUACGCUAUAGCAAAGAAUGUUUCGGUGCUAUCUUUAAAUGAGCAUCAGUUACAAAAUAACGAUGAAAAUGUCAAUCGAAACAAUAAGUCAUCCAUUGAUUUGGCGCAACAGGCAUUCCAUAGUCAUUAUAUGUAUGGGGUUUUGGAUGAUGUAUCUUUUAAGAAUAAUAAGAAAUCCGUACAGGCAGCUCCAACGAGAGAACAUAAGCCACUUAAAGGAAAUUCUGCGGUUGACGAUAGGAAAGUACGAUUGACUACGGCUGACAUUUCUAUGUCGACAACCAUUGACGAGCCAACUGCCAUGUUGAAAAUAACUGUACCAAAAUUAGCACCAUCCAUGCAGUCUACAGGUUUAUCUUCUGAGAAAAUAAGAACAGGAAAGCCCAUGAUCCGUGCCCGCUCUCAUUCAGAUCAAAGACCUGGAUCAAGUCAGCAGCAACAGAAUCAGCAAGAACUAGGGUGCACUCCAGUAAUACCAGCAUUAUAUCAGUCUGAAUCAGACCAACCAGUAUCCUUAAUGUCUAAAAACUUUUCAUCUAAGACUGGCUUUAUACACGCUUCCUCUUCAUCCCCUCUAGCAAGAAGGGUACGCUCUGCUACGACAUUAAGACAAACUACUACCGCCGAAAACAAUCGUUCAGGAGAAAAAGGACAAAUUAUUUCGUUGGAUUCACCGUUGAAAAUGACACCAAUAACAAGAAGCACUUCAACGACUCCUAUAGAGAGGGAUAUACCUGAAUGUAUCCAUCCAACUGAAGCCGAACUAUGCAAACAAAAGUUAGAACUACAGCAGCAACAAGGGACAGAUUGCGAACCUGAGCUAAUACCCAUCAUUGCACCACUUGAUUUGGAUAGUAUAAGCACACAACAACAAUUUUACGACGCCAUCUGGGGAGCUCUAGGCGAUUUAAAUGGUUGGCUGGAAGCAAUGGAAAUUAGUUUAUAUAAUCUUGAUAUUUAGUACAAUGGUAUCACUGCAGCACCAGCACAAUGUGUACUGAAU